GGAGCGGGCCUCCUCCCCUUAAGGGCUGCGGCUCCUAAGUUUGGCCUUCUCGUCCGGAGAGAGUAAAGGAAGGCAUGCCCUCAAAGCCCAGCCUGCCGCUGUAGCCCAGACUGCUUCCUUUGGUUGCCUGGUUUCACGGAUUUGUUUUUUGGGAGAGACAUUCCAGAGCAGAGAGGGAAAGGGGAGAGCGGGGAGAGAGGUUAGACUUGGAGGCGAACCUCGCUGUUUGGGUGCCUGCGCCCCGGCGGUGGGUGUGAGUGGGCAAUGUUUCGCGUUGAGUGACUGCGAGGCGAUAGCACACACACACACACACACGGAGAGACACAUAGACACGCACUCACACGUCCACGGAGGCGGAGGUCCUCCCAGCUGCACCGCUGGAAGCUGGACAAGCCCUUCACCCGCUGCUCUCCGCCUUCCCUUGCCUCUCAGGACAAGCGCCGACGAGGAAUGUAACCCACUAUGCUGGUGCUCAGGUUCCUCAAUGUGGUGGCUCCUGCCUAUUUCCUGUGCAUCUCCAUCGUGACCGUUGGCCUCCAGCUUUUUCUUUUCAUCCCCAGCAUGUUCCAAGACCCUUCGGCCACCCCUCUCUUCUCCUCUGCUCUCCUGCACGGAGCCCUCUUCCUCUUCCUCUCAGCCAAUGCUCUGGGAAACUAUAUCCUUGUGAUACAGAACACCCCUGAGGACUUGGGUGUUCAGGAGGACCUGGGCUUAGCCAAACCAGUGGCCCCUGAGUCAGAAGAGGGUGGGAAUGGGUACCCUGGUUCAGUGUUGCCUGCUGGCACUCACUUCUGCAAACUGUGUGCCAGAGUCACCCAAAGGCACGACCACCACUGUUUCUUCACAGGGAACUGCAUUGGGAGCAGGAACAUGCGGAACUUUGUCAUGUUCUGCCUGCACACCUCUUUGGCUUGCCUCGAUUCCAUGGUGGCCGGGGUGGCUUAUAUUUCUACUGUGCUCUCCACCUCCUUUGCCAGCCCACUGGCUUUCCUCACACUUCUGCCUCACUCCAUCAGCCAGUUCUUCUCAGGUAAGUAUCGUCCAUCUAACUGACCGAGCAUCCUAGCUGCUUCUCUUUGGUCUCCCUUUUCCUCCCACACACUUCUUCAGAAAUGAUCCUUUCCCAUGAAUUCUUCUUUUUCCUCUCACUAUGAGGAAUGCUAGAGGGUGGAAGAAAAUGGCAACUGUGUGAUCUGAGUCCCUUCAGGGAGAGAGGCCGGGUUAUAAAUAAAUAUCAUUAUUAUUGGAUAU